AUGAGCAAUUCCAAGUACAGCUCCAGGGAUCCGCUCAGCGCUGCUCGCCUCAACAGCUUCAUGCAGGACGAUGGCUUGGCCUACCAACAGCGACUACUGAGUGGUAGCGCCAGGUCAUCGUCGUCAUCCACGUCGCGGGGCAGUGCACAGCCCUCCUACUCCUCCUCCAGCUAUUAUUCGUCGUCCUCGUCGUCGUACGGCUCCUCCUACUACUCCUACGGGAGUGCACAGCCACAGCCGCGCCCCAGGCAGUGA